AUGGCCAAAGCGGCCUCGGCGAAGGCAGCUUCAGCCCAACGCUCCAAACAGAAAGGAGCAAAAGGCCGCGGCGGGCUGACGUUCGUCCUAUGGUUUCUCGGCGGAAUCGCGGCGCUGGUCGGUGUACUAUGGUUGUUGCCCGAAAAACAACCCGGAGAAGGUGGCGUGCCGACACGCGUCGAUCGAAACCGCUUGUCCGCUGCCGAGGCCCAGAAAUACGACCAAGGCUACAAGGACCAUGCUUUCAACGAGUACGUGUCGAGCCUGAUUUCGCUACAUCGCCGGCUGCCCUUCAUCGCGCCGCCCAGGUGCAAGGACGAGAAAUACGCGGAUGACCUGCCGGAUAUGUCGAUCGUCAUCUGUUUCCACAACGAGGCCUGGUCGACGCUGCUCCGAACUGUGCACUCGGUUCUCGACCGCACCCCGGCGCAUCUCCUGAAGGAAAUUAUUCUGGUUGAUGAUUCGUCGACGAUGGAGCAUCUGGGACCGGAACUGGAUAGUUAUGUCAGCGGUCUCGCGAAAGUUCGACUCGUCCGCGAGCCGCACCGCGUCGGGCUGAUCCGAGCUCGUCUCACGGGAGUCAAGGUCGCACUGGGAACUGUCGUUACCUUUUUGGACGCGCAUUGUGAGGCUACGGAAAGAUGGGCCGAGCCACUACUUGAUCGGAUUGCCCAGGACCCGCACUCUGUCGCUGUCCCCAACAUCGACCCGAUCCAGGAAGACACUUUCCAAUAUGUCGCCGAGCUGUCCCCGUUGAUCGGCGGAUUCGAUUGGAAUAUGCAGUUCGUUUGGAGGGAUCUGUCGCCGGAGCAAAAGCGGAAGCGCAAGAACAAUUUGGAGCCGAUCCGCACCCCCGUGAUGGCCGGUGGAUUGUUUGCGAUUAGGAAGGACUUCUUUGAGCAUCUCGGCUCCUAUGAUCCCGGCUUCGACAUUUGGGGCGGCGAGCAGUUCGAGCUCAGCUUCAAGGCAUGGAUGUGCGGAGGGAGAAUCGAAAUUGUCCCGUGCAGUCAUGUGGGCCACGUCUAUCGCCAGAGCACGCCCUAUACAUUCAACGACCCGAUCAACACCAUCAGGCGAAAUCUGCGUCGUGUAACCGAGGUCUGGAUGGAUGAUUACAAGUACCUGCACUACGAGCGUCACAAUAAUAGGACGUAUGGCCAUGGCGAUGUAUCUGCCCGGCUUGAACUUCGCAAAAACCUUGGCUGCAACGAUUUCAAGUGGUACCUGGAGCAUGUCUACCCAGACCAAUACGUCCCUCACAACCUCCAGGCCAAGGGUGAGAUCCGGAAUUACGGUGGUGAGCCUCACCUUUGCGUCGAGAGCAUCAUCCGUGGUAGCCGCGAGCCGGAUUACGAAGUCGUCCCUGUCCACUGCCAUCUGCUCGGGGAGAAUCAGUUCUUUGAAUUGACCGCCAACGGCGAGAUCCGGCGUGACGUCAGCUGCCUCGAGCAGGUGGGCAACGUCCUGCGCGCCCGCUUCUGCGACGGGCGGAGCACGCAAAAGUUUACGCACGAUCGCGAGAAUGGGCAUCUGAAGAACGAGGGUAGUGGCCAGUGCCUGACGACGAUCAUCCGUCCCGACGGCCAUCUUUUCCGGAUGGAAACAUGCCGUGCCGGUGACCUCAUCCAGCACUUCAAAUGGCAGCAAUAUUUU